CUGUCAACUCGCUGUCAAAAAAUGAGAAGUAGGUCACAAAUCGAACUAUUCCAUCUUAUACGUGUUUGAUCAUAUGGACCGCGAUAUCUGAACGUUUUCCACAACAUUUCCCACGUCCGCAACCCGAAAUCAGCGUAACUAGGUGCGAUGUACGCGAACAUUGAGGUUACGAGUCCGUCGGGGUAGUUCAUAACCUGUUAGAAAUGUGUCUGAUUUGAUUUAUGGCAAAUUAAGGUGGAAAAAUGGCAGAUAAACUAGGCCUGGGCAACGAAGUCCGCGAACUGAGAAUAGGACAGAGUUUUACGAACCCGAAAUCCACCGCCUUUCACUCCGUCAGAUACGACUUCAAGCCAGCUUCCGUGGACACGAACAAGAAGGCCACAGUGGAAAUCGGCAACAAUCAUCAGGUUACAGUCACCGUGCCCCAUUUAGAUGGGGCUGGUACACCACAAACAGUAUUCAAAGGCUCCCAGAGGCCGUAUCAGAAGGAAUGCGUGUUGAUAAUCGACAAAGUAACGGGACAAGUCACGAUAGAAAAACUAGCUAGCAACAUACAGGUGAAAAAGACGCGUAGCGAAUUCGGAAAACCCUCAAACAUUGACCGUCUUAGUGGACAGAGCAAUGAGAGGAACAGUAGUGGAGGAAAUUUGGCUGCCAGGUCACAAACGCCUCCAAUUGUGGGACACAGAGUUUCCCAUAAAACUAAGGUGACGAGUGGGAGCAGGAGGCCUGAUAGACCAAUAACACACCUAGUUCCAAAACAUUCGCCCCUUCACGCCAGUCCGAGUUAUUCCUCGCCAGGACACCAUGCAAGGAGUCCCAAGAGGGAGGCACCCCCUGUUACCAAUAAUGAGUCUUCACAGAGUGCUCUUGCCAGUUUGCCUUUAAUCAGUCUAGACGACUAUUCGGAUCCCCCGCCACCCGUUCAACACAACGUCAACCAGAACCAGCACCAGAACCAGACGAACGAAAAGUCGCCUCUUUUCCCCAACUCCGACAACGAGAACGGCAUUGGGGAAAUUACAGAUUCAUCAUCCUCAAGUAGUGAUAGUGAUUCGGAUUCGGACAACGACGAGUCGAGUAAAUCGCCGUCAAAGACGAACGGUCACAGCAACGGUUUGCAGACCGCCGCCGCCAAAAUCAACAACGUACUGCUCAAGGAAGACUUGUGUCUGUCUGAAACGGGUUCUGAAUCUGAUUAGGAUUUUAUUAUUAUUAUUUUAUUUUAUUUUUUUCUUUUUGUAUGACGAUUUCUGCCUUGGACAGAAGCAAACGACUAGGAUAAAUAUUAAUAUUUGUUAUAAAAAUAUUAUAUACUAUGUACAAUAUUUACAUAAAUACACAUUUGCAAACUAA